GCGUGUGUGUGCGCGCAGGCUGAGGUCCGCCGCCAAAUUCAAACAGAGAAAGAAAGACACAGCAGCCGCAGGACACGCAAGUCUCGCAUCUUUCAGGUUAUCACAGCUCAGUCAGCAUGGCAUCUUCAGUGAUGGAUGGAGUUGGUAGAGCUGUGGUGGGAGUCUGGCGGGCACACACAGUCUUGGAUGAGUCUGACGGAGCCGAGAGCUCCCCGGAAGCCCCGGACCGUUUCCGUAAGCUUCGCUCCUCAUCUUCACUUAACUCCCUGCGAAUGUCUUUGCGCAAGCGGCUCCCACUACGUUCGGUCCAGGCCAACUCCCUCCCUGAGAAUCCGACCUGGGAGACCGUGAAGGAGGAACCAAAACCCAGCACGGUCCGCAAACUUACCCGCAGUGCUCGGAACUCCAUCGGCGGAGUGUAUCAGAGACUGCAGAGGACCAGAGAGUUUGCACGUGAAGAGUGUUUGGUAGCGACCCCGGGCCGGACAUGUGAUGGGGAAGAAGCCGGUUCAUCAACUUCUCGCACCCCAAGACGUACCCCUGGCCGAGUUGCGACGCCCAGGCGCACCCCCAGAGCAGCAGCCACACCCGGGCGUACUCCAGGCUCUAGAGGAAGAAGGACUCCUGAGGCUGGUGUACGGGGGGUGAAAACAGGAGGAGGCAGGAGGCAGCUGGUUCGCAUGGCUGCAUUACGAAGUCCCUUUGCCUCACCCAACACAGAGAACCAGAGACUAAAGUUUGACCGAGAUUUGGAGUCCGUGUCCAGUGGACUGAAGAGGCUCAAACAUCUGUCCAAGGCCUUUGAUGACAUAAUUGGCAGAGACAACAGAUCCAGCACAAAGGGACGUUCUGGAGGAGUGAUGAUGAGAAAGUUGGACCCCAGCGCUAAACUCAGUUGCUCAAACAUCGCACGUCGAGCCACGCACCUCUCAAACACACUUGGAGGUUGGGCCCACACAGCUGUGAACACUAUUUGCAAACCCAACUGAACUACAUGCAUGUGUGUUUGCGUGUUGAAAACACAGGACUUUUGGCAUGUUUCACAUUUAUCAUUAUUGAGGUGUCGCUGUAAGAUUUAUAUGUAGUGUUGUCAUGAUACUGGGAGACUGUUACAUGACAGCUUGUCAUCUUUUUUUAAUUUUUUUUUUUUUAUCCAUGCUGUGUGUAAUUAGCAGCAACUACAGUAUGUCAUUUUUGUGGUUACAUGUCUCAGGUUAGCUUUUCUUGGGGGGAAAAAACCUCAUUUUAGCUACCAAAGGGAUUUCUGUAUCGUGGUGUAUGUACCUGUUAUAGCUGCUACAACCAAAUAUCUUAGUUACAUUUUCAAAAUACUAAUAUUGUUGUUUGUAAUCACACACUCUGCAUAGAAACUGUUCGCCAGUUUCUGAAGUCUACCUUAACGGAUAUGCUGCAUGAGACCAGAAAUGUAUCUGCAGAACUAAAACUAAACUUACUGACAGGGGGGAGGUGCAUUUUCCUCUACCAUAUAUGUAUGCAAUAAUGUUACUAAUAUUUGUUAUGCCUUUUUAAAUAUCAUUUGAUUAAGCUAAAUUGUAAGGUGUAUUUUCUAUGAAAGGGGACUUUUUUAUAUAGCUUAGGCAGCAUUUGAAUGGGAUUUUCAUUUUAUUUUUUAUUUUUUUCCCAAUACUGAGGAAGAGGUCAGUACUCUUGAUGGCCUAUGGAUGAUUCAUGCGCCAGUACUGUACACAUAAAUCAUCUGAUAAUGUGAUGGGGAAGAUGUAAUGGCUCAUUACCUGAUGGCAGCGAUGAUGAUGUUAAAAAGCCAUAUCCAGCAGAUUAUUAGUGUAGUGACUGUCAAGCAAACAGCCUCAAAUGAAGCAAAACGUCUCUCCUCUGCCAAAGCGAGACGUCGUGUCUAAAUGUGAAAAAAAAAACUUCACUCAAUAAAACCUCUAAGA